CGGGUCCUUUAGUUCAAGAGUUGGGGGCAGCAGAUUUGUAGAAUAUUUGGCUGUUGUUAGCUUUCGUUGAAAUUAAAAAUGCCACCGAAAGGUAAGGGUGGUAAGGGAGGUAAAGGGGGAGGUGCCUCUGGAAGUGGCGACACUGAAAAAAAGGAAAAGGCACAAAAGGGAGGCACUGCAGUUAAGGUCAGGCACAUCCUGUGUGAAAAGCAUAGCAAAUGUAUGGAAGCCAUGGAGAAAGUGAAGUCUGGUGUGCGGUUCAGCGAGGUCGCCGCGCAGUACAGUGAAGACAAAGCCAGACAAGGUGGUGAUCUUGGCUGGAUGACCAGAGGCUCAAUGGUAGGACCUUUCCAAGAAGCAGCAUUUGCCCUGCAGGUCAGCUCCAUGGACAAACCUGUUUACACAGACCCCCCGGUGAAGACAAAGUUCGGCUACCACAUCAUCAUGGUCGAAGGAAAGAAGUGAAGAACCAUGACUAUUUUAUUAUAAUGUUUUGUCUUUCUAUUGUAAAAUACCAUAAACCAUACGUGACAGAUAAGAACACCUGAAGGGUUCAAUAGAGUAAAAAAGUGCAAGAAACAGUUUGUUUUAAGAUCUCAUUCCUGUUUUGGAUUGUUUAAUAAAAUGUUCAAAGCCCAUUUACAACAACAACAACAAGACUAUAUAUGGAAAAUGUGAACACUGUUCUUUUGCAGAUAAAUUGGCAUGCUUCAUUUAAAAAAAAAAAAAAAAAAAAAAAAAAUGUAAACCUUCCAUUUAAGACCAGGGUGAAGAAUUCCCUUCAAAUUCCCUUCCACUAUGUACAUUGCCUCAGUGAUGGCCAUGCUUGUUAAAGCAUUGUAGUGGAAUACAAAUAUGUCAAAAUUCAAUGUUAC